CAUACAAUUUAGGGGAAGUGAAACUGGGAAACCGGAAAUGACAUCAUUAAUUUGCCACUGGACGCUAUGCCGAUCAUUAUACAACCUGUUGUGCCUCAGGUUAAUGGUAGCUGAGGAUCUGAGGCAGUCGGUAAAGGCAAAGCCGGAUGUCAAAAGGUCAAGGGUUUCAUUGGAUAAAGUACAGUCUCUUCUGUCUCCCUGGAAAUCCUUGCGUCUUCAAGAAGCACAGAACCUUACCCUCAGAGGAGGACUAACCUAUGAACAGGACAUUGAAUGCAAUGAGGAGGGACGACCAUGGCAAUCUACACUUUUUUGAGGUGAUGGUCCUGGUGGAUGCUUUGCAGAUGUUUGUGUGGUCCUGGAAGGCGUCAAAGUUCUUCACAAGGAGGGCGGAAGGAGGACGUUGAGGAAGAGACCAGCCAUACAUGCCGAUAACCAUGUAUAUAGUGUUCUUGUACAUUCAUGACCUGGAAGAUUCACGCAUGUCGAACCCACAGUUGACUGAGCAUGUUCCAUCUACAGCAGUAGAUGAGGGUUGAAGAGCUACACCCCCUGCCGUGUAUUGUCUGUGC